AUGGGGAAGUCGUCCAAAGACAAGAGAGAUGCCUACUAUCGUCUUGCCAAAGAACAAAACUGGCGUGCCAGGUCGGCCUUCAAGCUCAUCCAAAUCGACGAGCAGUUUGAUUUGUUUUCAUACGCGGAUCCUUCAAAAUGUACAAGGGUGGUCGAUUUAUGCGCUGCCCCAGGCAGUUGGAGUCAGGUCCUCUCCCGCAUACUCAUAAAGGGUGAGAGCUUUGGUCGUCGAGCGUGGGUUGAGAAGAUGGACCAAUUUCGCAAUCACGCAGUGGCAGACUCAUCAGAGACCACCGUCGAAGAUCUGGCAAAGACCACGAAUACUUUGAACCUAGAGCGAGCGACGUCCGAGCUCAAACCACGUCAAAAUGUCAAAAUAGUUGCCAUUGACCUUCAGCCUAUGGCUCCGCUAGACGGCAUUGUCCAGCUCAAGGCAGACAUCACCCACCCCUCAACGGUGCCUCUGCUCCUCAAAGCCAUCGACCCCGAUUUCGACGAGCACAACGAGACUCACCGUGUCGACCUGGUAAUCAGCGACGGGGCACCCGAUGUGACCGGUCUUCACGACCUUGACAUCUACGUUCAGUCACAGCUGCUGUAUUCGGCCCUGGCUCUGGCGAUGAAGGUUCUCCGACCUGGAGGCAAAUUCGUUGCGAAGAUUUUCCGGGGUAGAAAUGUCGACAUCAUCUUCGCUCAGCUCAAACUCGUCUUUGAGCGGGUCCAUAUCGCCAAACCGCGGUCCAGCAGGGCAAGCAGUAUUGAGGCAUUCGUGGUCUGCGAGGGAUACCGUCCGAUCAAAGACUGGACUCCGGAACUUGGUGAUGCCCUGAAGAUUCCCCAGCCAAGCACCACCCAAUACACGCCCUCGGACAAACAAACCAGACGACUUCGCGGUGAUGGCGUUGUCGAGUUGUCUUUCGAAGACGAAGAGAGCGACCCACAGAGGUGGAUCGCGCCAUUCCUCGCUUGUGGUGAUCUCUCAGCUUGGGAUGCAGAUGCCACGUAUAAACUGCCGGAAGGCCACACGAGUUUGGACCCUGUCCAGCCACCCACAGCACCUCCGUACAAGGAGGCUCUCGAGCGGCGGAGAAUCGAGUCCGGAGCAUAUGGAAAGACGAAAGGGCGAUCCAAACAAGCUGUAACAUGAUAGGUCACCGUAACCCCUACAGACGGGAGCAUCACGACUUCUAUCGUCCCGUGAAUUUAUCAGAGCCCGAUCGAUGCUCCUUUUCGAUGUCGCACUGUACUACGUGCGUCAUGAUCUUGAGAGGAUGUUAAGCCCUUCUACUGUAUGCGGUCCGGCAUUGGUCCCCACUGACAGGCCGCACAACCACAUGGUCGAUGGUCAGACGAAACGACACCUGCUAUUAUUGGGCGCAAGGAUUCACGUCGCGUCUAGACCCAAAAGAACGGCAUCAGAGUUCGAAUGACCAAACCUCUCGUGGAUGCCAUGCUUCAGGACUCCCUACAUCUCGGGAAAUGACCGGAGUCUUGUGAGGGGAGACAAGCCAACCCAGCAGCAGUUAGUGUUGUGGCACGCACCGGUAACGCUGUAUCGAGGGGAUGGACCACUCGGUUGCCCUCGCAACUCGGCAUAUCGUGCGGCGGCUACCCGCCGUGAAUGAGG